AUGAUUCGCGAUCUGAGCAAGAUGUACCCUCAAACCAGACACCCGGCACCGCAUCAGCCUGCUCAACCCUUUAAAUUUACAAUUUCCGAGUCUUGCGAUAGGAUUAAGGAAGAGUUUCAGUUUUUACAGGCUCAGUACCACAGUUUGAAACUGGAAUGUGAAAAACUGGCUAGUGAGAAGACUGAGAUGCAGCGGCAUUAUGUCAUGUACUAUGAAAUGUCCUACGGGUUGAAUAUAGAAAUGCACAAGCAGGCAGAAAUUGUCAAGAGGCUGAAUGCUAUCUGUGCCCAAGUCAUUCCUUUCCUGUCCCAAGAGCACCAGCAACAAGUGGUGCAGGCUGUGGAACGUGCCAAGCAAGUGACCAUGGCAGAACUGAACGCAAUCAUUGGGCAGCAACAACUCCAGGCCCAGCAUUUAUCACAUGGACAUGGUCUGCCGGUGCCUCUCACUCCACACCCAUCAGGCCUGCAGCCGCCCGCCAUCCCGCCCAUCGGGAGCAGUGCUGGGCUCUUGGCCCUCUCCAGUGCCCUGGGCGGCCAGUCUCACCUUCCCAUUAAAGAUGAAAAGAAGCACCAUGACAACGAUCACCAAAGAGAUAGAGACUCCAUAAAGAGUUCUUCUGUGUCUCCAUCCGCCAGUUUCAGAACUGCAGAGAAGCACAGAAACUCAACAGACUACUCAUCAGACAGCAAAAAGCAGAAAACGGAAGAAAAGGAAAUAACAACUCGUUAUGACAGUGAUGGAGAGAAGAGUGAUGACAACUUGGUAGUUGAUGUUUCCAAUGAGGAUCCCUCUUCCCCUCGAGGAAGCCCAGCACAUUCUCCAAGAGAGAAUGGCCUGGACAAGACUCGUCUGCUCAAGAAAGAUGCCCCAAUUAGUCCAGCCUCUAUUGCAUCUUCCAGCAGUACUCCUUCUUCAAAAUCCAAAGAACUUAGCCUUAAUGAAAAAUCUACUACUCCUGUUUCAAAAUCCAACACUCCCACUCCAAGAACUGAUGCUCCGACCCCAGGCAGUAAUUCCACUCCAGGAUUGAGGCCUGUGCCUGGAAAACCACCAGGUGUUGACCCAUUAGCUUCAGGUCUGAGAACCCCUAUGGCAGUCCCAUGCCCAUACCCGGCUCCAUUUGGGAUUGUUCCACAUGCUGGGAUGAAUGGGGAGCUGACCAGUCCAGGAGCUGCAUAUGCUGGUCUACAUAACAUCUCCCCGCAGAUGAGUGCAGCGGCUGCUGCUGCCGCUGCCGCUGCUGCCUAUGGGAGAUCUCCUGUGGUUGGAUUUGAUCCACACCAUCACAUGCGUGUGCCAGCGAUCCCACCAAACCUGACUGGCAUCCCUGGAGGAAAACCAGCAUACUCCUUUCAUGUUAGCGCAGAUGGUCAGAUGCAGCCUGUACCUUUUCCCCCCGAUGCCCUCAUUGGACCUGGAAUCCCUCGACAUGCUCGUCAGAUCAACACCCUUAAUCACGGAGAAGUAGUGUGUGCAGUUACUAUCAGCAACCCCACGAGACACGUGUACACUGGUGGGAAGGGAUGCGUCAAAGUCUGGGACAUCAGCCACCCAGGAAAUAAGAGUCCAGUUUCUCAGCUGGACUGUCUGAACAGAGAUAACUACAUCCGUUCCUGCAGAUUGCUCCCUGACGGCCGCACCCUGAUUGUUGGGGGAGAAGCCAGCACGUUAUCCAUUUGGGACCUGGCAGCCCCCACCCCGCGCAUCAAGGCGGAGCUGACCUCCUCGGCUCCGGCCUGCUACGCCCUGGCCAUCAGCCCCGAUUCCAAGGUCUGCUUCUCGUGCUGCAGCGACGGCAACAUCGCAGUGUGGGACCUGCACAACCAGACGCUGGUCAGGCAAUUCCAAGGCCACACAGACGGAGCCAGCUGUAUUGACAUUUCGAAUGAUGGCACCAAGCUCUGGACGGGAGGUUUGGACAAUACGGUCAGGUCCUGGGACCUGCGCGAAGGGCGGCAGUUACAGCAACAUGACUUUACAUCACAGAUCUUCUCUCUCGGGUAUUGUCCAACUGGAGAAUGGCUUGCAGUUGGGAUGGAGAACAGUAAUGUAGAGGUGCUACAUGUAACCAAACCAGACAAAUACCAGUUACAUCUUCAUGAGAGCUGUGUGCUGUCUCUUAAGUUUGCUCAUUGUGGAAAAUGGUUUGUAAGCACUGGAAAGGAUAAUCUUCUCAAUGCAUGGAGAACCCCGUAUGGGGCCAGUAUAUUCCAGUCCAAAGAAUCCUCAUCGGUGCUUAGUUGUGACAUCUCUGUGGAUGAUAAGUAUAUUGUCACUGGCUCUGGGGACAAGAAGGCAACAGUCUAUGAAGUUAUUUAUUGAGGACAAAUCUUAAUUGCAAACCGGACUCCUCCUUGUAGCACUUUGCUGUAUAAUCUUUUUUUUCUUCCCAAACCGAGGAUUUAAAAUGUUCAUCGCAGUUGUGGAGUUGAUUCCCUCCCCUAGCCCCACUUCCUACUUGCUAUUGAAUUGUGAAUGCUCAUUAAGAACCUGUGAUACCAAAUCUUGAAAUAUCUACUUGGAAGAACUCGGAAUAAGCAUACUUAACAGUGAACUGAAUCUUUAAUUAUGUAUUAUAUCUGUAAUAUAUUUAUUUUGUUUAAAGAAGGCUUUCUAACAAUGAACUGACUAAAUAAAGUUGUCUGCUCCCGCCUUGGUAAUAAAGAAAGAUGAACAGUAAAUUGGCCUCAAAGAGACAACUUAAUCCCUCCUGGAUAUUUUUGCCACAUUUCUUUGAAAAGGGGAGAUGUGCAUCUUUGGGCAAUUUUAUGGUUACAAGAGAUUGUGGAAAACAUUUCGCAUGUUGUUUGGGAACUUCACAGGUACACGGCUGUAGGAAAGGAAUUCCUACCACUGUGUAAGCCAAGCCUUUAGACAAAGAGAGGACAAGAGAGGAGGCAGGAUUUACAAGAGGCCCUCCUCCCGAAGAACAGGAAGAAUGGGCUCUCACCUGAGAUGAGGACUUGCUCUAUUGGCCAUCGGUUCUUUCCAUGUCUUAGUUGGAUGUCGCUGGAAUAGACACAAGGCUGUUUUGUGCCAUCAUACCAGAGACAUUGUGUUAUCUUUUUAUGUUGUUGUUGUUGUUGCUGUUAAACCAUGAUCUGUGACUCCUUUUUUUAUUAUUAUUAAUUAUUAUUAUUAUUAUUUGUUUGAAUGCUUUACAAAUCUUUUAAGUCUGUGGAUCUGCUGAUGUACAGUGCCUUUGCUGCUAUGGAUCAAAAUCAAAAGAACCGUGUAGAUAAACUUUAUCGUAUAGGUAGAAAAUUACUUAAUUUCAUACUAGAAAUGGGUUAAUGCUGCAAAUUGAAAUGGACUAUUCAUUGAAGUUCCAAAUGUGGUAGCAGGAAAAAAAUGGUGUCUUAAGUGCAUUGUGUUUGAUGUCAUUGACAGUUUCGUAAUACUCUACAGUGUAGAAAGAUUUUGAUACUAAACUGUGCAUUGUACAUAGUUCUAAUGCAUUGUAUUGACCACCAGUACUUCUAUAAUGGUAGAAUAUUGUUUGUGCAUUCAGACUUUUAAGCAUUAAACAUAAAUAACUUCUA